AUGUCAGAUGGCAACCGCCCGUCAUCGCUUCAAAACGUGGUCCCAGUUCAACUGCCAGAAUCGUCACCGUCGUAUCUGGUGCGCCGGAACAAACGAUGCGUUGAUCCAUUCAUGGUGCUACGCCAAUCAAAUCUCGUCGCCUUUUUGCCGGAAAGUAACCAAGCAUCUACGUCAUCACUCCCGUAUAUCAACCCAUUGGAAACUUUACUUAACAGUAAAGUGGAGGAAGAUGAGACCGUUAUUGUCGAAGAAAUACAAGAUUGCGAUUCGGCGGUUGUAACGAAGCAAGGAUCAAUAAUGGAAGAAUUGAUUGAAGGCAUUUCCGAUGAAGAGAACAUAUCACCAAACACAUCAGUGAAAAGAUCGGUAGCAGAGGAAGAUGUAAAACUCACCAAAAGCGAAAAACGUCACGCAUCGACAGAGAUGAAAUUUCGUACUUUCAGUGUGAAUUGGACGAAAAUCGGUGACAAUAUUAUUGGGCAGUUGAAUCGUUUGCAAGAGUUUCGAGACCAAAAUCCCGACAAAAGUAUUCCUCGCGGUGUUCAGUUCCCCAAAUCUGAUAUGACCACUUUGACGAAUAAUAUCGUCGAUCAAAUGCGUUGCAUUGAUACCGAAAUAUCAGCGUGUACGAUGGAAUCAGUUGCACGGCAAGUUCACUCGAAAUUCGGUCUAAAUUUCAUAGACGAUGAUGGAUGCAUUAAUCAUAAUAGUCAUGUUGCAUUGAAGCAUAAACUUAUCAACCGAAAUUCUUACUUGAACCGUUUCAAGGAUCCGGAUGCGAAGCUUUCAGUCGCCGAGGUUCGUAGGAAUAAAAAUGUGAAAGCCGGCACACUCAAAGAGUAUUGGACGGCGGUUUCUAAAGACUGUUCCAAGGACAUCGUAGGGAAACUUGUCAGAAACGAUCCGAAAGUAUUGAACGAUGAGUUUCUCUCAGUCUCUCAGUCAUACGUGCGAUUUCGGUUGGAUGAACCAAAGAACCUUAAGGAUAUUGUUACUGGUCUUCCCAUUCUUCGCCGACGACAACUUAUAAGCUACCAUUUCGAGAAAGCAACAGGCGUGCCUAUGGACACAUUCGAGAAGCUAUUUGUGGGUAAACGAACGAAAAUUGUUGACUUUUUGAAAAGUCGACCAAAAAUCGGACUGGAUCAUACACCUUCGGACUACGACAUCAUUGCGUCAUUGUGCUCUUUGCUCGGGGAAAAUGUCAACGAACUCAUCAUUCAGAAAGAACUUGGAACAAAGGCAUCAGAAAUAACAACAGAAUGUGUCGGGCCGGUGCUUGUUUGUGUCGAUCUUGGCAAUAAUGGCCACGUAUUCUACGUAUUUGCGGAACAAGUUUGCCUCACCGAGGGAUCGAACGACGUCAUCACCGCGGUUGGUGAGUUGUUGGCGGUGCAUUACAUUUAUAAUUUGAUGUAUAUGAAAUGCACCUCCAAGUUUUUGGAGUUGGUGCAAUCCUACUUCUUCAAAAUUAUUCCGAUAACAGGAUCUAAGUCCAAGGCAACUAGAAAAUGCAAACAACAGCGUCUGGUUCAGAGCGUCAUUGAAGCGAUUUCGAACCAUGUGCCGGCCGCAUCAUAGAUGGUUAGUUAAGCUUCUCAUACGUUAGACGUAAAAUGAAUUCUAACAUUUUCCGAACUUGAGAGAUUACUAUUAGUUACAGCAGAGAUUAUUAUUUAACACGUUUCAUUAUAAUACACGUCAAUUAGUAAAACAACCACAACUGUUUUUUAAAAUAUAAACGAUAGCAAAACCGAUACAUAUAAUAGUUUUAGUUUUUAAUUAUUAUCCAAUA